AUGUCUCGUUGUGAAACGUGCCAAGUGGAUCUUCCCGAGGGUCCAGACGCAUUGGAAGUACACGAGAGUGGGAAGAAGCACAUCCGGGCGCACGAUGAUUUGGAGAAGUCCGUUGCCUUGUCCGAGCGCAGCGUGUUUCUGAGAAAUCGCGCGAAGCACUCGUUGAACAUUGAAGAACUCAAGAAUCAUUUUAAUCAGCUGGGUAAAGUAACUCGGGUUAUAUGGAAAGCCGACACGCCAGAUCAUGCAAUUUUCGAGUUUGAGGAGGCCAGUACUGCAAAGGAAGCCUUGGAGAUGAAACACAUUGAACUGAACCAAGAAACCGUGUCGAUUUUGCCUCGUCGAAUUGAAUUCAGUGUCUCAAGUACGCUCGACGCUGCAGCGCCUGAUUUUGACACAAUUUUUACGAAAGCUUCAUCGAUGACAUCUUUUGUUUCCCAAUUGGAUCUUUGCAUCAAUGAAGUUCAAAUGAAACAGAAAGAUGUGCAGGAACGAAACGAGAUUUGUGAACGCAUAGAGAAUGAGCUGGCCAAAUAUUUUGCGAAUUGCAAGGUGCAGUUAUUCGGUUCCUCCAUUACAAAUUUGGGGAUCACCAGCUCGGAUAUGGAUGCAACCGUAUGCUUUCAAGCAUUAUCAGACAGCGCGCCGAAUCUCGUAGCUUUGAGGGAUAAAUACACAAUGUUGACGGCCGAUCUUCACACAUUUCGCAAUCGACGCCUUUCACCGGAAGAGAUUCAUCGACUAAGCAGUGCAGAUCGUUGCCGUUUCGUUUGUAAAAUUCUGAACGAGAUCCGCAAAGAAGUCGGAUGGGUGAGUGGACAAAAGCCAGUACUUGACGCGAGAUGUCCUAUCGUUCGCUUUGUGGUUAACAGAAAAAUUCUUGUUGAUCUCUCUGUCGAUAACGAGCUUGGUUAUUCAAAGUCGGCUUAUCUUCGUGAUUUGCUCUUGCAUGAUGCGUCGGGAAAAUUGCGCCAACUCCUAUUGGGCUUCCGAAUUUGGGCAUUGUCAGCUGGUCUUUUCGAACCGCCACAGAGCCAACAUAAAGGACAAUUCAACGCUUACAUGUUAUACUUGAUGGCGAUCUAUUUUCUUCAAAAUGAAGGAUUGUUGCCUCGUUUUGAACACAGUGCUACGAGCAGAUAUGCGGCUGACUGGAGAAUCGAUUACAAAAUUGGCGCAUUCAACUUGGAAAACCAGGAUCUAGUUCAUCUUUUUCAAAGGUUGUUUGCUUUUUGGGUGCAAUUCGACGUCUCGAAUGUUGUUUCACUGCACACUACACCAACAUCAGUGACCGAGUACAAAAGCAAAGCACACGCCGACUUCAAAUAUGGGCAUUUGAAUCUUGAGGAUCCCAUUGAAAAAGCCCACAAUGUUUGCCAGAAUCUCUCGCAGAAAAUGUUCUCCAAAAUGCGCAGCCACAUGAUGCUGGGACUUGCUUCGCUUAAGAAAAAUAAAAAUUCAUUUGUGGCUCUUUGUACACAAAUGCGCCCCGAAAGUCGUCUCACAAACGAGGAAGAAGUGAAAGCUGAUGCAAAGUGUCAAAUUGAGCUGGGAAACAAGAGUUUGCAGGAGUUUUCAGAAGAGCUUUUAACGAUUUUUGAAGAAGUGUUGCAAAUGCAAAAGGACACCAACCCGACGGCAAAGCGAGUUCGAUUGGAAGAGGAGGGGAAUCACGAAUAUUUGUCUCUCGGACGUUUUGCCUUACCCAAUCAACUGUGGAUCGGCAGACGUGCGGUUAAGAAGCAAUUGGCUCGUGCACAACAUUUGAGUGGAUUAAAAUUGGAGAAAGAGGUUUCAAGAAUGCUUUUGAACAAAAAGCAAGCCUCGGACGCCACAUCUGUUCUCAUCGUUAAUGUCGCUCUUCAUUUGAUCAACGAGAAAUUUGUGAUUGGAUUUUCCCGGGAAGAAGGAAAUUCGAAUGACCUCACCGAUAUGGCUCACUUUUUACAGGUUCUGUUGCCAACUUUGUUAGCCGAUCCCAAUGUGGAAGAAAAGAUGGAAGAA